AUGGACCAAGAAUCAGCGAUCUUAAGCGGCCCUGUUCCAGUCUCUGCUGCCGCAUGCAGGAUCAACUUCAACAAAACAGACGUAAAAGAGCACUAUGGAUAUUUCGCGAUGAUUAUCGACGAUAUCCUUACUCAGAGGGAAUGUGCGGAUCUGAUUAAGCUUAUUAGCCCGCCCGACAACGCCGAAUGGCCUCCCGCUGUGGUAACCGCUUAUGACGGGUCCCAGAUCUUAGACACGGAAUCCCGAUUCUGCGGCAGGAUCUUCUACACAUCCAAGGCCCUCGCAGAUAGUCUCCUAGAGCGCGUGUUGCGACUCCUACCUCCCGAGAUCAUCACACUAAAAGAUACGCCUGACAUCACCGGCCAAUAUCCUGUCAUUCGCAAGGAAACAUGGCGCAUAUGUCGGCUGAAUAACAAAUUGCGGUUUCUCAAGUAUGGGCCUAGGCAAUAUUUCAAACCUCACUGUGAUGGACAUUUCACCGAUGAGGAUGGGGCGCAAAGUUUCCUUACUUUGCACCUGUACUUGAAUGGCGGUAGAGACGGAGACAAAGUCGAAGGUGGAGCUACAAGGUUCGCAGUCAACUUCGAAGAUCCACAAGCAGGAAAGCUGGGUGUUAACCCUAAAGCAGGGAGUUUGGUAAUAUUUCAGCAGAGGGAUAUGUAUCAUGAGGGGGCAAUGGUCACGAAGGGGACUAAAUUGACAAUGAGGGCGGACGUCAUGUAUGAGAUGAUCAUCUAG